AUAUUUCUGUCAUACAUUUAUUUGUUCCACUUGCUUCAGUCACAGUUUUACAUCGUGUGAGAAGCCGAGAACCAGAAGACAUGGGGAUGUUAUAUUGUAUCAGCUUCAUAUUUUUCAUAUUACUUAUCAGACUUGACUUCUGCAGAUUGUCAGCUGCCGUGGAUUACAUGACUGAGAUUAAGAGUGAUUGUCACUUUCUGAACGGGACGCAGCAGGUGCGGUUUCUGCACAGAUAUUUCUACAAUCAGGAGGAGUUCGUUUACUUUGACAGCGAAGAAGGACGUUACAUAGCGAAGACUGAGCUCGGGAAACCGAGUGCAGAAGCAUGGAACAAGGAUAAGGAUUUCAUAGAACGAGAGAAGAGCUAUGUGGAGACAUUCUGUAAAUACAACUAUGGCAUAGCUACAGCUGUAGGAGUAACAGACCGGAGAGUUCAGCCUGAAAUAGUUGUGUCCCUGAUACCUCGACAUGAAGAGCCAAGCACCGUGCACCACCUCCUGCAGUGUAAUGUGUUUGGUUUCUACCCCUCGGAGGUGGAGGUGAAAUGGUACCGGAACAACCAGGAAGAGACGGAGCUGGUUACAUCAUCUGUGGUUUUUAAGAACGGAGAUUGGACUUUCCAGAUUCUGGUGAUGCUGGAGACAGAGAUCCAGAGCAGUGACACAUUCACCUGUGAGGUUCAUCACAGCAGCCUGGAGGCCCCGCACCGAGUAGACUGGCACCCAGAGAUUUCAGAUUCAGACAGGAGUAAGAUGGCAACUGGAAUUGGUGGAUUUGUCUUGGGAGCAGUUUUUCUCAUUGCUGGAAUUGUGAUGUACUUGAGAGGACGAAAAGUCCAAACUUCAUUUCGGGGACCUCAAAGCGAAAAUUUCAUCCACACUUAACAGGGAGAACGUCUGACAAAUCACCGGCUUCUUUUCUAUUUUGCAAAUUCAGAAAUUGACACAAUUGACUAUUUUUGACAAAGACCACCGUGUUAUCCAAAGCCGAGUACGGGAUGAAAUUGUUAAUGUAAAAGUGCAGUGAAAUCUGCUGUGCUCUGUAUAUACAUGUCUGGGUGACGGCAGGAUAACAAACAGGAUUCCUCCCCUAUAAACUCCCCUUAUCUGUCGUCUCUGGAUUUUAUUGCCCAGGUUUUAUAUGGAUAAUUGUAAUGCGCAUUUACUGCACAGUUUUCUUUUUACACGCACUUAAUGUGUAGCUUCACGUAACAGCGGCAUCUUAUUAAAUGUUAGGAAUCUGA